GUUCAUUGCAGAUGGCUGCAAUGCUGCAUUGGGUAUGGAAUCCCGAAAGAUCAAGGAUUCUGCUAUCACAGCUAGUUCUGCGUAUGAUGCCGGCAGCGUUGGACCUCAGCAUGGCAGGUUACACAAUGCAAAGAAUGGUGGGGCAUGGUGUCCCCGUCAGAUGGUCUCACGUGAUUCCAAAGAGUACCUGCAAGUGGACCUGGAGGAAGAGUACGUGGUGGCUGCACUUCAUACUCAAGGUCGCUUCGGUAACGGACAAGGCCAGGAGUAUGCAGAAGGUUACAUGGUGGAUUACUGGAGAGCUGGAAUGGCAGAAGGAGCUUGGAAGCGGUGGAAGAAUAGAGUGGGGAAAGAGGUGAGUGAUCAAGGU